AUGAGUUGGAUAUUCCUCAGAGACCUCCUAAGUGGAGUAAAUAAACACUCAACUGGGAUUGGGCGGAUUUGGCUGGCUGUUGUGUUCAUCUUCCGUUUGCUGGUCUACAUGGUGGCAGCAGAGCAUGUGUGGAAAGAUGAGCAGAAAGAGUUUGAGUGCAACAUUAGACAGCCUGGUUGUGAAAACGUGUGUUUUGACUACUUCUUCCCCAUCUCCCAGGUCAGACUUUGGGCCUUACAACUGAUCAUGGUCUCCACGCCUUCACUUCUGGUGGUUCUACAUGUAGCCUAUCGUGAGGGUAGAGAGAAAAGGCACAGAAAGAAACUAUAUGUUAGCCUAGGUACGAUGGAUGGGGGCCUGUGGUACACUUACCUUAUCAGCCUCAUUGUUAAACUUGGUUUUGAAAUUGGCUUCUUGGUUUUAUUUUACAAGCUGUAUGAUGGCUUCAGUGUUCCUUACCUUAUGAAGUGUGAUCUGAAGCCUUGUCCCAACACUGUGGACUGCUUCAUGUCCAGACCCACCGAGAAAACCAUCUUCAUCCUCUUCAUGGUGGUUACCUCAUGCCUGUGUAUUGUGUUGAAUUUCACUGAACUGAGCUUUUUGAUUCUCAAGUGCCUUCUUAAGUGCUGCCUCCAAAAAUACUCUAAAAGACCCAAGUUCUCAGUGUGUGAGUGCCCCAACCUCAGAUAUGUUGAAUGUGGUGAGGUAGGGGCCCCUCCGCUACUCCAGAAUCACCAUUCAGCCUCUGCCAUAAGCACAACUCGGGAAAGUGAAACAAAGCUACUUUGCAACACACUAGAAGAUUAA